AUAAUGCCGAUGCCUUUUGGUGCUUUGAAAUGUUCAUAAUAAGAACGUUCUGUUCCGGCGAGAAUUGUCUUUUAAUGAAGCGCUCCGAAUGUGGGAGCUUUCCAAGAAAACCUGAAGCUAAGGUGAGUGAAGAAACAAUAGAUGAUGGAAUUGAGGGAGCAAACAUCUUCAAAGAGGGACCAAUUUCAAAGAGCAGCGGUUUGUUGUCUAGGAGCGGUUUGCUGCCCAAGAGUGGUCCGUUGCCAAAGACUACCGGUCCAUUCUCUGACGAGAGUGGGAUAAAGUCAGCCUCACCAUCAUCCUCCUCCACAUAUCACUUCUAUGGUUUGACAAGAAGUCUAUGGUCAAGGACCGAUAGAACAACACAUGUCCCUUGUGAUACAUCUCAGCUU